AUGCCCAAGGUCAGUGCUCGCCCUCCCUUCACGACGCCGACCACUGCAGGGGGGCUAGACGGGUGGGGGGGGGGGGAAAGGGACGUGUGUAGCUUAUAGGGCGACGAUGUAGUCGCUGUCACUACGCGUGCUCGACUCGCAGUCGGCGGUCGGUGUUCGCACGAGAGCGCGUCGUUCGUUCGUUCGUUCCUUUCGUCGGUUCGGCUCAUUCCAUCCCCAGCCCUCGGAGCUUCCCGUCAAGUCUGGGUGAUUGGAGAGACACUGAUCCUUUCUCUCUCUCUUUGCUGGGCGUCGUGUCGGUGCGGUGUGUCGUUCGUCCGAGUAGAACAAGGGAAAGGUACGUUCCUGAGCAGCGUUUCGACGGCUUGGCUCGCACCAUCGACUUACUCUGUUCCUUUCCUUACCCUUACAUACUCGUAUCAUCAUCACACACUACCUAUUGCGUUGGCACCACUAAUAGGGAGGCAAGAAUCGUCGACGAGGCAAGAACGAGAACGAGGCCGAUAAGCGCGAAUUGGUCUUCAAGGAGGAUGGGCAGGGUCAGUUUACGGCCUUUGCGAUACCAUAUCAACGUCCCAUCGACGAUUUUUGCUUUUUUUUUAUAUCUUUGCUCAAUUUUCUCAUCAUCCCUCCCUCCCUCCCUCCGUGGUGUUGUUAACGCGCAGAGUACGCGCAGGUGACCAAGAUGCUCGGCAAUGGCCGCAUCGAGGCGAUGUGCUUUGACGGCGAGAAACGGUUGGCUCAUAUCCGUGGCAAGAUGAGGAAAAAGGUCAGACCCCCCCCCCCCCCCCCCCCCCCCACCACGACGUGCAAAAGAGUUACGCCCCGAGGCCCGUAAAAAGCUGACCCCUCAAAGUUUUGGGUUUUGGGGUUUGUCGGGGGCUCCAGGUCUGGAUCAAUCAAGGUGAUAUCAUCCUCCUCUCGCUCCGAGACUUUCAAGACGACAAGGCCGACGUCAUUCAAAAAUACACCUCCGACGAAGCGCGGAAUUUGAAAAGCUAUGGCGAGUUGCCCGAGACGGCCAAGAUCAACGAGACCGAUACCUUUGGAGCGGGCGAAGAGGACGAUAUGGUCGAAUUCGACGAGGUCGAUGAUGUGGAUAUCGUACGUCGAUUGGCUGGUGAUGGAUGGGAGGGUAAGGGAGAGGUAGAUCUUUUUUUAUGGUUCGGCUGAUGGGUUUUGGGGUUCCGCUUGGCUCUCUUACAGGACGACAUCUAG